UACAUGAAGUAGAAGUUUAUGGAACUCAACUAAAACAUCGCGACAAUGAUCCCAAGCGACAACCAGCAUUACAUAAUCCAAGGGGCUGAACACAGUGAUGCCCAAGGACAUUUCGUGUCUAUAAAGCUAUCAUAGGGUGCUUACCUGUAAGCUUCAAAGCUUGAACAACUCGCAUUCACAAACCGCCUUUCCGAUCCUAAAGAUUUUGGUAUAUCAGUAUCAUCACAGCUGCAGCGUCGGUCACCAUGAGCCACGGGCAGCGAUUCCCUUCAGUAGCCGUCAUCGGUGCAACCGGAAAUGUCGGCCGCCUCAUCCUCAAGGCCCUCCAGGAAGCUCAGCCGGCAUUCCAGUCCAUCAUCGUUCUCACCCGCUCUGCUGCCUCAGCAUCUGACAUCCACGGCCCCAACGUCCACGUCCGCACAGUCGACUACUCGUCGCGGGAUUCCCUCGUAACCGCCUUCCGCGGCGUCGACGCCGUGGUGUCGGCCAUCGCCACGCAGUCAGUCGACACCCAGAAGCUCAUCAUCGACGCGGCCGUCGACGCCGGGUCGGUCCGCUUCUUCAUCCCCUCCGAGUUCGGCCUGGCCAACACGCAUCCUCUCCUGAGACGCGACUUCCCCAACAUCUUUGCCGACAAAAACGUCAUCCAGGACCACCUCGAAGCGUACCACCGCCAGGGCAAACUUGACUACGCGCUCAUGUUCGUCGGUCUGUUCCUGGACUGGGGAAUGGACGGUUUCGUGCUCGACGUCAAGAACAAGAAGGUUGCGCUCUGGGACGAGGGUGAUCGUCCCGUGUCCAUGACGACCAUGGCCAGCAUUGGGCGGGCCGUCGUCGGCGUUCUUGAGGGCAGAUUGCCAAACGGCCAGAAGGAAGUGCGCGUCAAGGACAUCAACAUUUCGCAAAAGCGCCUGUACGAGCUAGCUGCUGAGGUUGUUGGCAAGGACGGGUGGGAGGUCAGCAGGAUUGACACGGCGCAGGCGAUGGCGGUCGCCUCGGAGAAGUUGGCCAAGGGCACGGCGGGUCUGGAUGACAUUUAUGCGUUUGUCUACCGUGCCUCGACGGCGCCCGAGUAUGGCCAGCCGUGGGCUGAGGACGAGGAUGACAGCGAGAAAGUCGGGCUCAGGCCUUGGACCGAGGACGAUGUGAAGGACUUGAUUUGCGACAUUGCCGGACUAAAGAACUGAAGUAAUCCCCGGGUAGAACUUCAACUUCUUCGAGGUAACUGAACUUAAGGUGACUUAAUCAGCUCGUGUGUCGGUUUAGCUCUGGUCAAAAGGUUAAGGGGGGACCGUUUCUAAGUACCUAGGUAAUUACUAUACAUCUAAGGCUACCUAGGUAGUUAUAAUAAAUUAAGAUUACUUGAC